AUGCGCAAAGAUAGCAAAAUUAGAAUCUACAAGACUUGUAUCGGACCCAUCAUGACGUACGGCACAGAAGUCCGCGAGGACACCAACAAGACAAAAACAAUGCUGAGAGUGGCCGAGAUGAAAACACUGAGAACAAUAGUGGGCAAAACAAGAAGAGACAGAGUGAAAAAUACAGAUAUCAAAGAACAAUGCGGGAUACAAGACAUUGUGAGAUGGGAAGACAACGUAAGAGGCAGUGGUACACAUGUAAGACGGAUGGACGAGAACAGACUUCCGCGAAUAGUUCUAGAAAACAACCCGUCCGGCUCAAGGCCUCCCGGGAGACCACCUAAAAGGUGGAAAGUUAGUUCACAAUCCACCUCUCAGGAAAAAAUGCAGAGGCAGCUUCAGAAUUAA